AUGGACUUGUACCAAGAAGAAAUAUACAAUAGAGCAAAUGUAAAUGUGAGCGUUAUCGUUCAUGAUAAUAUAAAAGAGGUUAUAAUAAAAAAUCUUGAGAAUAAUAUGACCGAUAAGAAUAUAAUAAUAAAUAAUUAUAAUUAUAAUGAUAUUAUCAAGAUUAAUAAUAUACCAAAGGAUAAUGUUAAAGAUGAAGAAAAAGGAAUAUUAUCCUUAUGGUUAAAAAAAAUAAAAGUCGUAUCAUCUGUUAUAAUUUUAUGUGUUGACUGGCAACAUAUAUAUAGUCAACAGAAUACACAAUCUAAUUCAAAAGAUAUUAUUUUGAAGGAAAAUAAGAAUACCGAAAGGAAAAGUAGUUAUAUUCGUAAGGAAAGUAUUAUAAAUGAGGGGAUACACAAAAUGGGUGAUAUGAAUUGUUAUGGUAAUAUAGAUAAUUAUGGUGAUAUGAAUUGUUAUGGUAAUAUAGAUAAUUAUGGUAAUAUAGAUAAUUAUGGUAAUGUAGAUAAUUAUGGUAAUGUAGAUAAUUAUGGUAAUGUAGAUAAUUAUGGUAAUGUAGAUAAUUAUGGUAAUGUAGAUAAUUGUGGUAAUGUAGAUAAUUAUGGUAAUAUAGAUAAUUAUGGUAAUGUAGAUAAUUAUGGUAAUAUAGACAAUUAUGGUAAUAUAGAUAAUUAUGAUAAUGUAAAUAAUUAUAAUAACAGAGAUGGUUAUAAUAAGCCUAAUAGCUCUAGUAAUAUAUAUAAUUUCCAUAAUAUGAAUAAUUCUUAUGGAGAUAUAAAUAUGGAUGAUAAUAAUUUUUGUUUUGUACAGAAUGAAGAAUACAUGAAUAAAAUAAACGAAGAAUUAUUAAACAGAAUUGAAGAAAUUAAUAAAAUAAUAAUGAAAAGAAAAAAAGUUUGUAAGAUAAUUUUAUUAGUUAUAUUACCAGAAAAUACGAAAAAUACAGAAGAUUAUAUUAAACAUAUAAGUUUGUUAAAUUGUGAGAAUAUUAGUGCCAUAUUUAUUACUUUGGGUUUAAAAGAAAUACAUAAUAAAAUAAAAAAAUUAGAUAAUUUAUUAAAAGAUUGUGUUACUACUUUUUUUAAACAAUAUAUAAUAAAUUAUGAAAGGAAAAGCAAUAUAAAUUUAUUAUCAUUUUUUAAAUAUAAUUUUAAAAAAGCAUAUAUUUUAGAAAUGUUAGAGAAAUAUGAUGAAAGCAUGAAAAUAUAUGUAAAUUUAUGUAAGGUAUUUUAUGAACAUAUUGGUGACAAUGUUUUUUCAGAUUUAUUAGAAUAUUUUAAUUAUGUCAUAUUUUUUAAUUGUGUAAGUAUACGUAUGAUAUAUAUAUAUUUAUAUUUUAAAGAUAUAAAGAAAAGUAUACAUCAUAUAUAUACACAUAAUAAGAUAAUAGAAUUAACAUUAAUAAAAAAUAAACCCAUGUUGAAUGAGGAGGAAAAUCAAAUGGGUGUUGAAGAUUUUUUUAAUAUAUUUAAUAUAUAUAAUGAAAAGAAAGAAAAUAAAUUUUUUGUAAAUCAGAUAAAAUAUAAAAAAAAUGAUCAUGUUCAUAAUAAUAAUUCUUAUUAUGAUGAUGAAGAAAAAUUAUUAUUAUUAAAUAUAAAUAAAUUAAAAGAAAAGAAUAUAGAUAUCUUAUUAUUAUUAUAUAAUAAAAUAUUAAAAGAAUAUUUAUAUUAUAAUUUACUUUCAUGUGUAUAUUUUUAUUUUUAUCGAAUUAUUAAAAACUUUCAAAUAUAUAUACAAGAUAUAGUACUUUAUGGUAUAUAUUGUUGUUUUUUUAUAUAUAACAAAAUAAAAGCUGUUAAGAAAAAAGACAACCUUAUAGAGCAUUUCCCACAUUCUUAUAUAAUAUAUUUUAAGAUGGAUAGUAUAUCGUUUUUAUAUGAUUUUAUUUUAAAUUUUCUGAUUGAAUUAUUUCGUAUAAUAAAGAUAAACCAAAUAAAUAGUUUAUCCUUAAUAAUUUUAUACUUUUUAUGUACCAUAUAUUAUGAGCAGAAAAAAUAUUUAUUUUGUGCCUUUUUACUUUUGGAAUUUUUUACUCACCAAAAGGAUGAUUUUAUAUUAAAUUGGCUGGAUGUCCAAUAUUUGAAAGAUGAGAAAUAUGACGAGGGCGUAUUUCUGUGUAGUCUCAGGAGGUUCAAGGAGGAUAUUGAAUGUAAAAGGAGAAGGAAUAAUGUCGCCUAUGAACCCUUGGUAUACCUACUUUUAAAUUCAUUAGGUUUUUUGCUAUAUCAUGAGAAUAUAAAAAUGGGUGUCGAGGAUGAUCAGAAGGAGUUGCAAUUUUUUAAUGUGGAUAAGAAAGAAUAUGAAACAUUAUUUGUUGAAAUAUGUUUUGAUUACUUGAAUAUAUUAAUUAGGAAUAAGAAAAAUAAUGAGAAAGAAGAUUUUACAAAAUUUAUGAGGAAUUAUUUUGAUAUGGUGAAAUGUAAUUUAUAUAUGAAUAAGGAUAUUAAUUUAUGUCUUUAUAGUAUAAAUGUAGAUAUGUUUUAUGUUUUUCUUGAGAGUGAUGGUAAUAAUAAUAAUAAUAAUAAGAAUAAGAAUAAGAAUAAUUUGUAUGCCUUUUUAGAAAUAAAGGAUAAAUAUUUACACGAACAUGAUUACAAUAAUUUUAUAUUUUUACCUUUUUUUGUUAUUUCAAUAAAUGAUGACAAAAAAUAUUUUACAUAUAUAUAUGAUGAUACAUUUGAAGAUAGGACGUUUUUCUUUUGUAUUGAUACCAAUGAAGAUGAUAUGAUUAAUAAACUUAACUUGGACAUACAGAAUGUUAAGAAUAGAAAAAUAAAUGAUAAUAUACAACAUAACGAUCCUUAUUUAUGUAAAUUUAUGGAUAGAAAAAAAAAUAUGGUUGUAAGCUUUAUUAUUUCAGAAUGGAAGAAUGAAAUGAAUGUUGAUUAUGUUGAAUUAUAUCUUUUUAUAUUUAAUCAACUCAUAAGAAUUCGUGUUGAUAAAAUAUAUGUUUCUCAUUUUAAGAAGAAGUACAUGGAAUUAUGUAAUGAUGAGAAACAAAAUGUGGGUACUAACAAUCGAUAUGACGAUAAUUUUAUUGUUAAUAGUGUGUAUGGUAGUUCAUAUAAGGAAAACACUCAUGGUAUUAAUAAUAAUAAUAAUAAUAAUAAUAAUAGUAAUAGUAAUAAUAGUAUUAAUAAUAGUAAUAAUAAUAGUAAUAAUAAUAUAAAUCAAAAGAACGAAAUAAAAGAGAUUGAUGAGAAAUGUUCUUUUGGACAUGUCCUAGACACAUUUAAUAAAUAUGAUAUAAAUAAUGUGGAAGAAAAAAAAAUCUUCCCAAUAAAAAAUAGGAAUUCCUUAGGAAACAAUAAAAUUGAUUAUUAUAAAUUAAAGGAUGGUAUAUAUAUAAAUAAAUAUGAGAAUAAAAUAAUAUACAAUAAGGAUAAAUAUUUAUACAAAACAUCCUUAUUGAAGUAUGUUAAUUAUUAUAUAUAUACAAGAAAUGAUAAAUUAUAUUUGAAUGAAUAUAAUAUAUCUUAUAUAUUUAUUAAGUAUUCAACUUAUAUUGAGAAUUUUGAGUUAAACUUUUCUUUUGUGAUAGAUGACAUUGAUCAUGUUGACUUUUAUUUAUUGAGCAAUGAGAAGAAUGUCAUAAAUAUCCAUAAACUUAAAAACAGACAGAAUAUAACCUUAAGAGGAAGGAAAGGUAUGUAUAAAUGGUACAAUAAUAAUGCUGAUACUGUUUUAUAUAAUGAUAAAGAAGAAAAGGAAAAGGAAAAAGAAAAAUAUAAUAUGGAAACAAAAAAAAAAAAAAAUUAUAUUCAUAUAGACGAUGGUAAUGAAACAGAGGAUAUAUCAGAUUGUAAUAGUAGUCUAAGUAGUGAUACCGAAGAAUAUAAUUCUUAUAGUGAUGAUAAUAAUUAUGUUGACAGUAAUUCGAUAAAUCAUCAUCAUCAUAAUAAUAAUGAUAAUUAUACAAGAGGGGAAUUAGAAAUAAGUAAUAGUUUUUACCAAUUGAUAAAUCAAAAUGUACACGACAAUAUCUACGAUGAUAAGCACGUUUUGUUUGAUGGGAAUAUAUUUUUUUUUGAAAUUGAAGGAGAUAAAAAAAUGAAGAAUAAUAUAAAAAAAUCAGGUGUAAAAAAAAAAAUACACGGACGUAGUAAUUUUAACAAUAAUUGUUAUAUGUUAUAUGAACAAUGGAAGAUUAAAAUGAGGAAACAAAGAAAUAAAGAAGAUGAAUAUGAUGAAAAAAAAAUUGGUUAUAAUGAUAAUAUAAAUCAUGCUAAUGGUUAUAUAAGUAAUACUUUCUUUUCCUUUUAUAAAGAUAAGAAAGAAAAAUUAUUAUGUAUACCUUUUAUUAUACGACCGAGAGAUUUAAAAAAUGUUAGAAUCAAUUUUGAAUUUCUUUUCAAGAAUAUAUAUUUCAAGGAUGAGCUCAAAUAUGCACUUAAUUAUUUUGUAGAACCAUCACUAAUUACCAUAGUGACAAGGAUGAAUAUGAGAAAGGAUGAUGAAGAGAAUGAUUUGAUUAAUAACGAAGGAGAAGAUAAUAUACAAGAAGGGAUUAUAUCAUCACAGAAUAAUGAUACAAUUAAAGAGAAUAUAUACAAGGAUAUUUUAGAUAAAGAUUUGUUUUUUUCUAUAUCCUAUUAUUUAUAUAUACAUAAUAAUAAUAUAAAUAAAAUCCACCUUGUUGAUAUUGAAAAUAUAAAAACAGAUAAUAUUAUAAAAAUGGAAUAUAAAAAUACUUAUUGUGAUUUUCUUAAAACUAAUAAAAAACAUUUGUAUAUUAAAUAUCAAUUAAAUUAUGGAAGUAUGUUUUUUCCUUUUAAUAUAAUAUUUAAGAAAUUAAUAUUUACAAAUAUGAUUAAAUUGCCAUAUGAAGAUUAUAUAGAAAGUAUAAAUAAUAAAAUAAAAUUACAAAACGAACAUAAGAAAAGUAAAAUUAAAAUAGAUUUAAUAUAUUCAAAAAUUGUAAAAUGUAAUGAAUUAUUUACUAUAGAAGCUGUUAUAACAAAUAAGACGAAUAUAACUGAGGAGGUUAUUAUAUUUUUAUAUGACUUACCAAAAGAAAAAGUAAAAAAAAAAAAAAAAAAAAAAUUAGCUAGCCAAAAUAAGGUAAAGCGAAAAAGUCAGAUGAGUAUUAUAUAUGAUGAAAAAAAAAUAUAUGAAUAUAAUGAAAUAAAUAAAAAUAAUGAUAAUAUAAAUAAUGAUAAUAUGAAUAAUGUUGAUAUAGAUAAUUAUAAUACAAAUAAUUAUAAUGUCAAUAAAAGAAAUACAUUUUUUAAUACUCCUGAUUAUGAAUCGUCAUCCGGUGAUUAUACUUCAUGUUCAUCAUCUUAUUCUUCAUACAACAUGGAAUAUUUAAUAAAUCAAGAUGAAUAUCUUUUGGAUGAUGAAAAUGGGGAUGCCACAAGAAAUGAAUUACACAUGAAUAAUAUAUUCAAUAAUGUUUCAGAAAAAAAAUAUAUCAUAUCAGGAAUUCGAAGUAUGAAAAAUAUUUUGUUACCAUAUCAGACCUUACAUAUACAUUGGUCCUUCAUACCUCUUACAUAUGGGCUUAUAACACUACCGAAUGUUUUAAUAAAAAGAAAAACAAAAGUAAAAAAUAAUGUUAAUGUGUUUGCUUCAAAGGAUAUUCAAAUACUUGUAAUAUGA